AUUUUUACUCGAGUCUUUUUUAUUUGAAGUCAUUGCCAUCUGCUUCGGUAGUCGAAGUCUUUAAUAUGACUCGACUCUCAUUCCGUCCAGUGGAUCCGACAGCGUCAAAGCCAUUUCCAGUUGCGAAUGCAACCUUGCCGUACUGGCGAACAGAACACCAUGAGAUUGAUAGUCACAGAAGCACUGAAGACCUGCCUACAGAAUGCGAUGUUCUUAUAAUUGGGUCCGGCCUAGCUGGAGCUUCUACCGCAUAUUUUCUAACUGACGACAACCCUUCCCCUCCUCGGAUCGUGAUGCUAGAAGCUCGAGAAGUGUGCUCAGGCGCAACAGGUAGAAAUGGCGGUCAUUGUUCCAUGGGAUCUCCAGCCUUCAUUGACUCAGUGAUUCAAAAGCAUGGCCCUGAAGCUGCAAAAGAACUUUUUCUAUUCACGGCAGCGCAGAUAUAUGCCAUGAAGCAUGUUGUGGAGAAAGAAAAGAUCGACUGCGACUACAUGCUGGAUCGUUUUGUUGAGACUUUCUUGAAUCAGUCAGAUGCCGAUAACAUCAAGGAAACUUACGAGGCGCAAUUGAAAGCUGGCCUUGAUUAUAUCAAUGAUGUGGAUAUUGUGAACCCGAAGUAUGUUGAAAAGAUAACUGGGAUCAAAGGUGCCAAAACAGCAACAAGUGUCACAGGAGCACAGCUAUGGCCGUAUAAACUCGUCUCCAGCCUUCUCGCGCGUAUUUUGGAAAAGGGUUGUCUCAAUCUCCAGACACACACUCCCGUUCAUUCAGUCUCUGUAUCACCAAAAGGAAUCAGCAUAGUCAACACGCCACGUGGAUCGAUCCGUGCUGGGAAAGUAGUCUUUGCAACGAAUGCCUAUACAUCUGGAAUUCUUCCACUAUACGCCGAUAAAAUUAUCCCUACGAAAGGAACCAAUUCGCAUAUUUCUGUGCCAAAGGAUACCAAAUUCCCACCUCCUCACUUGAACUUUACUUAUGGAAUCACUUACGAACCGCCUCAGACGAGAGAUUAUCUUAUCCCAAGACCUGAUGGUGGGGUGAUUUGCGGUGGUGCAAAGCACACAUUUUAUGAUGCCAAGGAGCUUUGGUGGGGUAACUUCGAUGAUAGUACACUGUUCCCCAUGGCUUCCACGAGAGACCAUUUUGAAACGGUCAUGCAAGACAAUUUUGUGGGGUGGGAAAAGAGUGGUGCUAAAGUAGACAGAAUAUGGACUGGAAUAAUGGGAAAUACAGCCGAUUCCUUUCCUCACGUCGGACAAGUUCCAGGCCAGCCGAACCACUUCAUCCUUGCUGGAUUCAAUGGUUCCGGCAUGUCGAUGAUAUUCUUGACAGCGAAAGGGGUUGCAAAGAUGGUGAGGGAUGAUGUGGCCUUUGAAGAAAGUGGGAUUCCAAGGCUCUUUAAGACUACUGAGAGCAGGCUGAAGCUUGAGGUAAAACCAUAGUGGGAAAGAUCAAUAGUGUGGUACCUAAAACUGUGGCUUCUUCUUUGGAUACAUAUCAUUAAUCUGAAGGAAAACGUGCGACCACCACGCUGUCGAUUCAGGCAAUGCUAAUAUCGACCACUGACUGUUGUCUAGUCUGUAUCAGCUCUUUACAGAGCUAGGUACACAAAUCAAAUAAAAUCCGGACUCCUUUUACGAAAU